AUGAUGGGGUUAUUUGGCAAGAAAAAGGAUCCGAAGGAGCAGGUCCGUGAACUUCAACGAAAAAUGAGACAGGAAAUGAGGUCUCUUGAUCGUCAGAUCUAUUCAAUUCAGCGUGAGGAGCAAAAGGUAACCAAAGAAAUAAAAGAGGCUGCGAAGAAGGGAGAUAAAGAAACUUGCGUGAUUUUGGCGAAAUCUUUGGUUCAGUCAAGAAAAGCGGUUAGCAAAAUACACGUUAGCAAAGCUCAAAUCAACUCUGUUAUCAUGUGCAUGCAAGAGCAAUUAGCUACAAUGAGAAUGGCGGGAUCUCUACAGAAAUCUACAGAAGUCAUGAAAUCGAUGCAACAACUUGUUCGGGUGCCAGAAGUGAUGAAAACGAUGAGAGAAAUGUCAGCAGAGAUGAUGAAGCUUGGAAUCAUUGAAGAAAUGAUUGAAGAUACCCUUGAAAGUGUUGAAGCGCCAGAUCUCGAAGAGAGAGCUGAGGAGGAAGUUGAGAACAUCCUUUGGGAAGUGACGCAAGGCGAACUUGGCAAAGCACCGUUGGCGGUGAAGUCGAAUCUGAACGCUGGCGAGCGUGUCGCGAACGAUGUCGAUAUGGAGCAGCGGCUCGCUGAGCUCAGAGAUUGA